AUGGAGUCUACAUCGUCAUCAUCAUCGAGUGAGAGAUUAAGUACAUUAAUAGAUUUAGCAAGAUGUGGUAAACUUAGUAACCGUGAUCGUAGUGAUCUCAUGUCACUCUAUUCACUCAGUAUGCAAGCUGCAAUUCAAGGCGAUAAAGAUCAAUUAGUACAAUCAUAUAUUCAACAACAACAACAACAACAAUCAAAAAGAAACAAUCAAAUUGUUGAACCAAUAGAAGUAGUAGUAGUAGCAGAAGAGAAAGAAGUGGAUGAGGAUGUGGAGGAAGAGGAACAAGUUGUCGAUCAAGACAUCAUCGAUAAAGUUGAUUCAAUUCAAGUUUGUGAUGAUACCAACAACGACGACGAGAAUCAUAAUCAACAGGAGGAAGAAGAAAUAAUAAACCAAGAGGAGGAAGAGGAAGAGGAAAAGGUUCCAAAGAAGGAGUAUAUUUGUGAUGGUUGUAAUUGGUGUGUAGAGUUUAUAUCAUCGUCAAAAAGUAAUAAUAAUAUAACUUCAUCUUCUUCAACUACUUCUAAAACAAGUGAUGUUUGUGCGAAUUGCAAGUGCUCGCUCAUUUAUCAUAUCACCAUGGAUUCAGAUGACGAUGUCGAUGAUGAUAAUAGAGAAUACAAUGAGGAUUAUGAAGAAGAGGAGGAGGAUGAUGAAGACGACAGUUCCUGUUAG